AGAAGAAGAAGAACAAAAAAAAAGUGGCCACAUAUUUUUAGAGUAAUUUUAUCACCUUUUGUGUUUAAACUGAAAUUAGCUCCCAUUUCGUAAAAACAUGUAACUGUAAUCUGAUUACAUUUGGGGGCUUGUUUAGAGUAGCAGCCGGUCAGAAGACACGCUGUCAUACGUGCUUUUGUUUGUGAAUUUGGCAGCUAAGUUAGCUGUGAAGUGGCUCGUCAGGUUUGACUCAAUAAUCAGCUGUUCCGUCCACUCCAACCCCACACCUGUCCACCAGCGGAACCACCAGAUUUUCUAGAGAUGGGAAGUCUGGGCAGCAGUUGUCAGUCCCCUCCUGAGGGACCAGAGGAAGCUGGAGAGGGUACAAGUGCCUGCCAUAAACAGAAUUGCGAGUUUAAGAAGAGAAAGCGGAAUGCACAGUGUGACUGUGAAAGGGACGAUGACGACGAGGAGGACGACGACGAUGAUGCCCUGCUAGAUACACCUCGCAGGCAAAAACUGAAAAGCACUUCAAAAUACAUUUAUCAAACUUUGUUUCUGAAUGGGGAAAACAGCGACAUUUGCAUUUGUGCUUUGGGAGAAAAGUGGAACCUACACAAAGUUUACCUGUGUCAGUCGGGGUAUUUCUCCAGUAUGUUCAGCGGCUCUUGGAAGGAGUCCAACAUGGUGGAAAUCAACUUGGAGAUCCCAGAUCAGAACAUCGACACUGAAGCUCUUCAGGUCGUAUUUGGAUCCCUGUACCGUGACGAUGUCUUGAUCAAGCCUAGCAGGGUCAUCAAUAUUCUUGCUGCUGCGUCCAUGCUGCAGUUGGAUGGCUUGAUCCAGCAGUGCGGUGAAACCAUGAAGGAAAACAUCAGUGCGAAGACUGUUUGCAGAUAUUAUGCUUCUGCCGGCAUCUACGGCCUCAAUUCAAUCAUGAAGAAAAGUCUUGAAUGGCUUCUUAGCAACUUGAUGACUCACCAAAAUGUUGACUUGAUGAAGGAAAUUGGAGUUGAAGUGAUGGAGAAACUCAUUCAGUCAUCUGACCUGUUUGUCAUGCAAGUGGAGAUGGAUGUAUACAGUACUCUGAAAAAGUGGAUGUUUCUGCAGCUCAAUCCAUCAUGGGACGGCCCAAUCAAGCAGCUCUUGGCUGAUGCCGAGGCCUGGCUUUGCAAACGCAGGACAGAUCUCUGUGAGAGAAACCCAUUCUUGAACACAGACGAAGGUGUCCCUUUUCGCUCAGUGUUCAAGUGUCUGCGUCUCCAGUAUAUCCUCAACGAUCUCGCGUCUGCACGCGUUCUGGAGAGAGACAACAUUUUGCCUUCUGAUUGGCUGACGGAAAUGUACAAAAACCAGUGGAUUACUAUGCUUCGGACAGAAUGUGAGAAUGAUAAUGGACCUCAGGAAUCUAACAAACAGGAGUUUGAGCUGAACAGUAUGAGAUGUGGCAGGAAGCUGAGUAAAGAUGGAGAUUACUGCUGGAGAUGGACCGGCUUUAACUUUGGGUUUGACCAGCUGGUGACUUACACAAACCGCUUUAUAGUCUUUAAGAGGAAUACACUAAGUCAGCCAUUUGGGGGCGCUGUGAGUCUACAACCUCAAAGACAUCUGGCUUACAGGUUGCGUCUUGCCUCCUUCGAUAGCAAUGGAAAGCUGGUCUGCAGUCGCACAACGGGUUACCAGCUUCUCAGCCUAGAAAAGGACCAGGAGUGUGUGGUGAUGAACUUGGACAGCCGGUUGUUAUCAUUCCCCCUCUACGUGUGCUGUAACUUCCUGUAUACAUCACCUCCCUCAGACAACCGUCCAGAUUCCUCAGAAUGACUGCCAACAGCCAAUGACUGCUACACUGUUAUAAAAAGUCAGUAAAUUAAACGUAUGUUAUGACAUGACACUUACAUGUUGUGAAAUCACAACAUAAAAUGUUUUUAAAGCCAAAUAGUGAUAUUGUGUUUAUUUACAAGUAUGAUGUUGUAUAAAGUCGAACUGAAAUUUAUUGUACAUUUUUGAAUACAAACUUGAACAAUAAAAUUGUAUUUUCUUGUGGAAAACACACAUUUUU